UACGUAGUUACUGAGACUGAAAAAGACAGAUGUCCAUCUAGUUUAGUCAACUGCUAAUAUUUUUAAAGUUGAACCAGUUGAUAAUCAGUUGCAAAGGGGAAGUAGCAUACCACUCUGGUUUGUUCUUAUGAAGAACCACAAACACCAGUUUUAUCCAAGGACUUGAAGGACUUUUUUUUAUUAAGUUAUGCUUCAGAACAAUUUCACCAUGAUCACUGAGGUUCAUCUUCUGGGAUUUAAUAAUCUCUAUCCUCACAACAUUUUACUCUUCAUUCUCUUUUUCAUAAUUUACUGUCUUACAACAAGUUGGAACUUUCUCCUCAUAGUUCUGGUGGCUACGAUCAGAAACCUGCACUCUCCAAUGUACAUGUUCCUCACGCAGCUUUCCUUAUCAGACAUUAUAAUGACCAACAGCAUAAGUCCAAUCUUGCUCCGUGUGUUGGUGGAUCGACAAACCAUCAUUACCUUUACAGGCUGCCUAGCACAGUAUUACUUCUUUAGUGCCUCUUUGGGCCUUGAUACUAUGCUGUUGACUGUGAUGUCUUAUGAUCGAUAUCUUGCCAUUUGUAACCCUCUACGUUACAAUGCUAUUAUGAACUAUUUAUUUUGUUUAAAACUAAUUAUAUCUUCUUGGUUAGUGAGCUUUUCUGCAAUCAUAAAAUAUGUUGUCUCAAUUUCUAAUUUGAACUUCUGUGGCUCCAAUGUCAUUGACCACUUUUUCUGCGAUCUUACUCCUCUGUUGGCCCUUUCUUGUUCGGACACAUAUGUUGUACAGAUUGAAGUUACUAGUAUUACUAUUCCUUCAGUGUUCCCAUUUCUGUUCAUCAUUGUAUCAUAUUGUUAUAUUGUUUUCACUAUCUUAAGAAUCCCUACGGUCACUGGAAGACAAAAAGCCUUCUCAACUUGCAGCUCCCAUCUUACAGUUGUGUCAAUAUAUUUUGUUACCCUUCUUUGUACGUAUAUGGUUCCAACACGGGGGAAGUCAUCAACUUCCAGCAAAAUACUGUCUCUUUUGUAUACUGUCAUGAUUCCAUUGAUUAACCCUCUCAUAUAUAGUUUUAGAAAUACUGAUAUUCAAGAAGCUUUUCAAAAAACUUUCAUAAAACUUGCCGCAUGCAUUGAUAUAACUUUGGCAUGCAAAACUUAG